CAAUUCUACCUUCAUUACUUUCUUAAUUAGGUUUACCUUCUUUUGAUGUUACAGCCAUGGUUAACACUGGUGCAAUAAGAACUGCCCUUGGAGUAGUUGGAAAUAUCAUCUCUUUCGGUUUAUUUAUGUCUCCAGUACCUACAUUUGUAUCAAUAUGGAAGGCAAAAUCGGUGCAAGAUUUCAAGCCAGAUCCUUAUAUUGCGACUUUGCUAAAUUGUGCAGUAUGGUCAUUCUAUGGAAUGCCCUACGUAAGUGAGGAUAACAUUCUUGUCCUAACAAUUAAUGCUUUUGGCUUAUGCCUAGAGCUCUUUUACAUUCUCAUGUUCUUAAUAUACUCAACCAGGGAGCAGCGGAAGAAGAUCAUGCUAGUCGUCUUGGGUGAAAUCAUUUUCGUUGCGUUACUCGUAACUCUUUUAAUGACCCUUGUUCACACCCCCAAGAAAAGAAAAUUGAUUGUUGGACCUAUAUGCAUAGUAUUCAACAUCAUUAUGUACGCUUCACCCUUGACGGUCAUGCGACUCGUAAUUCAAACGAAGAGUGUGAAGUACAUGCCUUUCUUACUUUCCUUCACCAACUUCGCCAAUGGAAUCGCCUGGACGGUAUAUGCAAUUCUUAAGUGGGAUCCAUUCGUUGUGAUUCCCAAUAGCUUGGGAACACUUUCUGGAUUGUUGCAGCUCUCCCUCUAUGCCAUUUACUACAGAACAACCAACUGGAAUGAAGAAACCCCUAAUAUUGUAUGA